AUGGCAUUUUGUGGUAUUGCUGAAUUAGAACCGAUUAUAGAGAUUGAUACGUCUAAGGCCAAGAAGGCCAAACGAGAAAUGGUCUUGCAAAAAUUAUACUACACUCCUGUUGCUUAUUACAAAAAUACGAAACUUUUAAGAGAGGAUGCUAGAGAACAUGGAUAUAAUUUUUCUUUACGGGAUGUGAAUGAAUGGUUGCAUAAGCAAGCUAUUUUUCAAUGUUAUAUAUCAGCCCCAAAAUACAUUCCUUAUCUAGGUUUUAAUAAAAUUACUGUUCCCAAUGAAGUACAUAUGGCUGAUCUAUGUGAAGUACCACCAGUUGCAGAAGCUUUUAUUUUAAUUUACGAUUCUCAAGAUUGCUCUCUUGUAUGGCCUAAACUAUUGAUCACAGAUAAAGGUACGGAAUUUCUUGGAAGUUGUAAUGAAUUGAUGGAAAAACACGGAGUCAGGAGGCAAAUAGCAAAAUCUAAAAAUGGUUUGUCAUAUUGCAAUCGAAUUAUGCGUACAGUAGAAGAAAAAUAUAUUCCUUUACAGUAUGCUCAAGAAAUGUUAUUGCCUUUGUCCGAAAGAUCUCGUGUAUUAAUUAAAAUUCUUAACCAGAUUCUUAUAAAAAUUGCUAAUACCAAAAAUCGAAUAACAGGUAUUGCUCCAGCUCAAGGAAUAAAUCAGAAACAUGUAUAUAAAAAAUCUGUGUUAAUUCAUCGUCCUAUGGGCUUGGGGGAAGCGGUUAACAUAUAA